GGGAAAUGAGAAAGGCGUCCACUGAUUGAUUGAUUGCUUCCGGCUCCGUUUCCGUCCUCAAGUUCAUCAACAUCAUCAUCUUGUAUUCCAGAUAGGAUUGUAUCCGGCUAAAACGAUUAAGCAAGAGAAAAAACAAAAUGGCAUCAGACCAUACUACUACUACUAGUAGUAGUACCACCAUCCAACCCGCAGAGGCGAAGACACGUCUAAUCAAGCAUUUCGAGACACGCUCCAUUAACGACCAAAUAUCAGGCUGGUCCUCCCUCUGGGACACGAAUAGUAGUGAUCUCUGGGACAGGGGAAGGCCAUCGCCUGCCCUGGUUGAUAUCCUGGAGGAACAGGAACAGGAACGUCGUGACCUUUUCACUCCCUUUACUGCGGAUGGGAGAAGGAAGAAGGUUCUUGUUCCGGGCUGCGGAAAAGGCUACGAUGUCGUCAUGCUCGCCUUACACGGUUUUGACGCGUACGGGCUCGACGUCUCCGCGACAGGCGUCUCGGUAGCUAGGGAGUAUGCCAAGAGCGAACUUGAGCAUCCACACGCAUAUAACUUUGGAGACUCAUCACCCUUCUCUCCGGAGAAGAUCCAGAUCCAGGGAGGAAGAGGAAGAGGGCAAGUAACCAUCAUCCAGGGAGACUUUUUCAAAUCGGACUGGGAGUUUAAGGAGAAACAAAACGGGGUUAAGUUUGACCUUAUCUAUGACUAUACCUUCCUCUGCGCCCUCCACCCCAAAAUGCGCCAACAAUGGGCAUUCCGUAUGGCCGAUCUUCUAACCCCAACUGGUCUCUUGGUUUGUCUUGAGUUUCCCCUGUGGAAGGAUCUGAAGCUGCCCGGUCCGCCGUGGGGACUGAACGGGGUGCAUUGGAAUCUGCUUGCGGAGGGAGGUGAUGGCAUAUUUUACGAUGAUGGUUAUGGUUUUAGGGGUGGAGAGGGAGAAGGAAAGGGAGCUUUUACGAGGAAGCUUUAUGUGAAGCCUGUGCGGUCGUAUGAGCAGGGGAGGGGGACGGAUAUGUUGAGUGUUUAUGUUAAGAAAUGA